AAAUCGAUUCUCGAGUCAAAAUGUCCGAAUAUAAUUUUUGUUUCCUUUAUGGUUUUAUCGGAAAAUUUUUGAGUUUCUAACCGAAAUAUUUUAAAAAGUGGGUAAAAAUGAACUCUUGUUUGUUUGUGGUAUUAUUUGAUUAUUUUUCUACUUUUUUUUGUUCUUACAAUAUUUGUGAGACCUGUGUGAGACUACUUGAUCGGAAACGUACAUAGCAUACCCAGCAAUUUCAAUAAAAUUUAUAUUUGUGUAGUGUAUUAUAUUUUUAUUUAAAAUAAAAUGCAAGCAACUACAUUUGUUGAGGAUUGGCUUUGUUAUAACACAACUUUAGGUGAAGGAGCUUAUGGAGAAGUUAAGCUCCUAAUUCAUAGGAGAACCGAAGAAAAAAUUGCAUGUAAAAUAAUUAACCAUCAAAGGUAUAAGGAUGCAGCUACUAAUAUUAAUAGAGAAGUAACAAUUCACAGAAUGUUAGAUCAUGAAAAUAUUAUUAAAUAUUUUGGACGAAGACAGGAGCCUCUUAAAGAAUAUAUAUUUCUUGAAUAUGCCUCAGGUGGUGAACUAUUUCAACUAAUAGAACCUGAUAUUGGUAUGGCGUCUCAUGCUGCACAAACAUAUAUGAAACAAUUAAUGCAUGGAGUAAACUACUUGCAUAAUAAAGGAAUUACGCAUAGAGAUAUAAAACCUGAGAAUUUAUUAAUUGGAGAAGGUGGAGUCUUGAAAAUUAGUGACUUUGGUAUGGCUACACUUUUUAGGUACAAGGGAAAAGAAAGACUGUUGGAUAAAAAAUGUGGUACAAAACCAUAUUUAGCUCCAGAAGUCUUGCAGAAGCCGUAUAGAGCGCAACCGUCGGAUUUAUGGAGCUGUGGAAUAGUUUUCGUGGCAAUGUUGACUGGAGAAUUGCCAUGGGCAGAUGCAACAGAUAGAAAUGUAGAAUUUGCUAAAUGGAGAAAGGAUGUGUACAUAUCUGAGACGCCUUGGUCUAAAUUAGGAAAUACAGCAUUAAGUUUGGCCAGACAGAUUUUGAAUCUUGAUCCAAAUAAGCGGUUAACUUUAGAACAAAUAGAAAAGCAUCCUUGGAUGAAAUUUAAUUUUGAUUGUGGAUCCAGCAAAGAUAAUGUGGAUGGGUCAGUUGAGAGACCAACUAAAAGAUGGAACUCUAUGGUUGAAGCUGAAACUAAACAUAAUAGAGACACUCCACAAGUAACUCUUUCUCAACCGAUUAUAACAUAUCGACCAUCUUCAAUUGAUCAAUUAAUAAAUGAUUUGAAGACCACUAGAAGGGAACAAGUAUGUUUUUCGCAGCCCACUCAAUAUGAAGACCUUAUGAUACAAUUCACUCAAAGUCCUAUUACGAAAGAUAAUUUCCAUAAUUUAAGCAAGAGGAUGACAAGAUUUUACGUGACAGUUUCUUAUGAAAAAACCUUAGAAGCCUUAUGUUCAGUGCUUGAUACUUUGCAUUAUUCAUGGACUACUGAUGCUUCAGGUGCUGUUACAAUUUCUACAGUCGACUUCAUGAAAAAUCAGUUAAUAUUCAAAGCAAAUCUGUUUGAAAUGGAUGGUAGAAUUCUACUUGAUUUCCGACUCUCUAAGGGCUGUGGUUUAGAAUUUAAGAAAAAAUUUUUAAAAUUAAAAUCUUGUCUUUGUGAUAUCAUUGAUAAAUAAUAUGAAGUAUUAAAGUAUUAAAUCAAGUUAAGUAUUCUGUUAAUACAAGCAUUUUUGUUAUAGUUUUUUCAGUUUGAUAAUAAAUUGUUUUAAAAAUA